CGUUGCCGCUGCGCAGACGCAAAGCACGCGCCCCAACACACACACACACACGCACAACAACGGAUCGCACCGCCACGCCCCCGCCGCCCCGAAAAACGCCUAUGCAAGCCGGCUUGCAGGAAUUUUUGGAAAAAUUGUACAUCAAAGUUUCAAGCUUGCAGGAAUCGAAAAUUCAAGUUUCCUGGAAUUUUGUAAAUUUCAAUUAACAUUACAAUACCUCGAUUUUUUUUUUCGAAUUUUAUUUUUUAUCUUGUGCAUUUUGUGUGUGCGUGAACAAUUUUAAGUGCCAACUAUUUACGGAGUGCAGCGUAAAUUACACGAAAAUAUUCAGGCACCUGGGAAUCGGGACUCGGGGAUGUGGACGUGGAUGCGACACUUGACAGCCGCCAAAAUGGGCGUUUUGCCAGUGGGCGUGCUGGGACUGGUGCUCCUCCAAAUGGCGAUUUCGGUGCGGGGACACGGUCGUCUGAUGGAUCCGCCGGCGAGGAACGCCAUGUGGCGAUUUGGCUAUCCCAAUCCGGUGAACUACAACGACAACGAGCUCUUCUGCGGCGGCUAUGCGGUUCAAUGGGAGCAGAACAAGGGCCGCUGUGGCGUCUGCGGGGAUGCCUAUCACGUAAAGAAGCCGCGACCCCACGAAGCUGGCGGGGAGUACGCCAAGGGCAUCAUCUCCCGCUACUACACCUCGGGCCAGGAGAUCGAUGUCGAGGUGGAGCUGACCGCCAAUCACUACGGCCGCUUCGAGAUGUUCCUCUGCCCGAACAACAAUCCGCGCCAGGAGGCCACCCAAAAGUGCUUCGACCGAUAUCCCCUGCUCAUCUCCGGCAGUCGGGAGCACCGCUACCUCAUCCCGCGCGACGCCAAGAAGAAGGAUAUAUUCAGAUACCGGGUGCGACUGCCUCCCUAUGUCACCUGCACCCAGUGCGUCCUCCAGUGGACCUACUACACCGCCAACAUGUGGGGCACCUGCGCCAACGGAACCGAGGCAGUCGGAUGCGGCAAGGCGGAAACCUUCCGCAACUGCGCUGAUAUAGCGAUUGUCUCGAACACCGGCGGUGGCAUUCCGCCGAUCUUUGUAAACAACAAGUCACCAUAUCUGCUCUACUAUCGGGAUUAUCGGGCGCCGGAGGACAACAAUAUCUUUCCACUUAUUGUGCGCAAUGCCACGCGGCAUGCGCGCAAACGAGGCAAGGCUUAACCGCUUACCCGCUAGACAGCUUUCCCGAUACCCGCUUAAAACCGCUUAUCCGCUUCCCGCUUCGAAAACAGCUUCGAAAACUACUUUUCUAGCCUAGUCGAAACUGCAACCGAAAAAUCAGAAAAAACUCAAAACACAGAACAAUCCCGCUGGAAUACCCGCUCAAAAUCGAUUCAGAGUUCAUAACGAAACGGGUAAAGGUAAAUUUUACGAUCGCCUUACA